CAGGAAAAUAUAUUCAGAAACGAAUCGAAAACUCACCUCAACAAAUGCAUGAAGUUAAUACGAAUGAUAGAAUAUGAGUAUAUAUUGCACAUAUAAAAGCGAAUGAAAUAGAGCACAAUAGAAAGCGUACUCGAAGCGUGAAUAACUUAGUGAAUAACUUCAACUGAAUUGUACAGUUACGAAAAUAUCAACUUUAAUUGAAUUUUUGACUGCUUUGAGAAGACGAAAAGUUAAUGAAAUUGUGGACAAUCUUACGAAAAAUAACAAGGACCGAAGCGUGUACAGUUGAGGGAAGAAUGUUCGAGGCGAAAGUCAUGAGCAGCGGCAACGGCACAGCGCGCCUGAUGAUGGCGCUGGGGCUGCUGGCGGUAGCGACGAUAGCGUCUUCUUCCCCAACUUCGUCUCCUGAUUAUCACCCCAGGCUCUCUGCAGCUUCCCCUCCGAAUAUAACCACAACUUCCUCCCAAACUUUACCCACUAAUGUAACCCCAACUCCAACUGCUGGGUCCCCAAUUCCCCCUAUUGGGCUCCCAAAUUCAAUUUCUGACACCCCCGCUGCAGCGGCCCCGACAAGCGAUGCUGCUCUCUCAGCCCCAUAUUCCCUCACAUCCCCUUCGUCCCACGACACCAGCUCCCAUGUUAGCGGGGACGGUGUUGGGCAGAUAGUCCUCCUUCCCCACGACCUGAGCACCGCGGAGGGGUCAAAGGACUCCAUGUCCCUGCGUCGGGUGUCCGCAGGACUCCUAAAGAAAGAACCGCCGCUGCUGAAGGGCAUCCUGCUCCCCGAGGACAUUGGCGACAAGAUCCUCCUGGUGAAGCCUGGAGACGCCGGUAAGGUGAUCGACCUGCGAGCCGUCCCUGGCAUGGACGCCAAAUCUAGGACAAAAAAUAACGCAUUUUACAAUGCACUUGUUCCCAAAAGUGGUUCGAAACAAGCCACGCCCAACCCCCCGACAGAGGCGAGACAACCAAAGCUGCUGAGCCGACAGAAGAGGUUCCUGACGCUGCGCACCAUCGCAGUGCCCCUCACCAUCUUCCACUACCUGGGGUUCCUGCCCAUGCGGGUACCUGGCGUGCCCUACCAUGAGGACCCAGGGCUGCCGGACUACCAGGUCUACGAACCCUACAACGACCUCGUCUACCCGGACGCCCCUAUCAGGAGUCGCAACUCCGGUUACGGGGACUGAUUGCUUGUUACCGUCUCCUGUCUUUAUGGGCCGUACAAAGUGUAUAUUGUCAAUGACUUGUGAUUUCAAUAUGUAAGGUAACAAAUAUUCUAUAAAAGAUCAUUAUAGGUGGUGCGUGUGGCAAUUAUUUUGUACGAGGCGACAAAAAAAGCUCACAAAUCAUCGGAAAAUGCGAGUUUUUAGAAAAAAAAAAUAUUAAAAUUGCCCCGACCCAUCAUAUCCUACUUACUAAUUGGUCCGUGUUUGUCAAGUGCCUAGUCCUGGACCGUCUUGCAUCCCAGUAAUAACAUAACAUAACAUAACAUAGUGAUCUCGCGCUGAAGUGUAGGCCU